AUGUGUUCUUGCUUAAAGAAGUACUCUCAAAAGCUUGAAGUUGCAAAAGAACUGAUUAUAGUUCUUUUCUCUCUCUCAACAGUUCCAAAUGUGGUGCAAUUCUACUGCAAGCACAAAGUCAUUCAUCUGAUUAUCAACUUUCUGAGAAAAAACAUCAGUGAAUCAGAAAUAAUUACUCUUUGCUGCAAUACCCUGAAAAGCUUUUUGGUUCAUGCCACGUUGUAUGAUAAUAUUAUAACUCAGUUCCGGAAAAAUAAUUUACUUCCUUUGCUGGUAUCCAUUCUGUGGGACAAUCUUCAGGAUCCUGAUAUCAUUUGCAUUUGCCUCACAACUUUGGCUUACAUGAUUUUUGAUGAUGAGGAGAGUGCUUACUCCUUCCUGGUUAGCAAAGACAAAGAUGUGAAGAAACAGUCCGGAAUGAAUUUGUUAAGAAAAAUCAUUAAUGCCAACAAGAACAAUGUCAAAGUAGCUCAAAAUCAGAAAUAUCUAAAUCUUAUCUAUCUAUCUAAUUCUGUUCAUAUCUAUCUAUCUAUCUAUCUAUCUAUCUAUCUAUCUAUCUAUCUAUCUAUCUAUCUAUCUAUCUAUCUAAAUCUGUUCAUAUCUAUCUAUCUAUCUAUCUCACUCACUAUCUAUCUUUCUAUCUCAGGCUGUUCAUUAUUUAUCUAUUUCAGUCUGUUUAUCUAUCUAUCUAUCUAUCUAUCUAUCUAUCUAUUAGGUCUUUCCUUGUCUAUCUAUCUAUCUAUCUAUCUAUCUAUCUAUCUAUCUAUCUAUCUAUCUAUCUAUCUAUCUCAUUGA